AUGAAGAUGUAUGAACGUCGACGAUACGAACUUGUUGCAACUAUUACUCAUCAUGGGAAGGAACCGUCUAGGGGACAUUAUACUGCCGAUUCCCGCCGUUCAAAUGGCAAGUGGCUGCGUUAUGACGAUUCCUCGGUUACUGCCAUCCCCACAAGCAAGGUGAUGCAUGACCAAGCGUAUGUUCUUUUCUAUAAGCAGUUGUAG